CCAUAUGUGAUCGAGGGAGAUGUCUUGUUGCGCAAGCUAAAUGGAACUAACGGCACCGCUUGUAACCAACCGUUUAUAACGUUGGAGAGAGAGAGAGAGAGAGGACGACUCUGCUUCCACAUUUCCCCAAGAAAACUUCUCUCUCUCUCUCAUUUUUCUCGCACUUUCUUUCCACUUGGUGAUGGCGGCGCAGGUAGAGAUCGAACUCGAUAACGGCGAGAUUCUCGAUCCACUCUCCGAUGACGCCUCCUCCUCGUCCUCCACCGACUCAACGAUUCUUCUCCGCGAAGGAGACCAAGAGCACGACGUCAUCACGAAAUGUUUCCUCUUCGGCUUCGGCGCCACUCUCGCUAACGCCACCACGAUCGUCACUAUACGUAAGAAAUCUCCCAACGCGAUCACCACGAGAGCCAAGUCUCUAGCCUUUCGCAUCUUCACGGAAGCCAUGGCGAGGAAGAACGGUGGAGAUCCCAACGUGAAAUACGGUUGGUACGGUGCUUCCAGAGAAGAUCUCGAACGUAUCAUCACGUACGGAUUCAGCAGCCGCGAGAUCGACGAUUCUUCGCCUAACGGAAUCGGAAUCCAUCUUGUUCCUUCUAAGUUCUCCCUCUUCGCAGCCGAAGCUACAGAGGAAGACGAAGAAGCAGGCUUAAGGCAUCUUCUCCUAUGCCGUUUGAUCCUUGGGAAGCCUGAGGAGAUCAUCUCAGGAUCUAAACAAGCGUAUCCUAGCUCGGUUGAAUUCGAUUCUGGUGUGGAUGAUGUGCAGAAUCCUAGAAAGUAUAUCAUAUGGAGCUCUACCAUGAACUCGUACAUCUUACCUACUUAUAUCGUCAGUUUCAAGUCUCCUCGUCUCACAGUUAUAAGUAACGGUGGUUCUCCGGCUAGACCGAGCUCGCCACGGGUUAGUUUUGCUGCUCUGAUGUCGUCGCUGUCCAAGUCGAUGGAUACUUUAAGAAUGAACUUGAUCAUGAGAACUUUCGAUGAUUUUAGGAAAAGGAAAAUUCAGAGAGAUCAAUUGGUUCGGAAGAUGAGAGAAGUGGCUGGAGACAACCUUUUGGCUCAGAUUAUCAAACACCACAGAGACAAAAACAAGGUCAGGGUUGUUUAACACAGGAGAAAGUUUCACACGUGUGAUGCGUAGAAUGGUGGGAUAGAAGUACACACGUCAUACACAUGCAUAGACAAAAGCUCAAUCAAUUGCGGAAACUAUAUGAAGAGUUUUAAAGCUUUUUUGUUUUCUCCUUUCUGUUAGCUCUACAAACAGAUGAUCAUCCCUUUAUGAUAUGAACUUUGGGAAAUUUGUAAAGACCAUUCUUUCACGCAAUGAAGUUUUCUAAAUUU